ACACGCAUAGCCCUCCUCAUCUUCUCCUUUCCUUCUCUCUCUCUCUCUCUCUCUCUCUCUCCAUGAACUUAUUCCAAAAGAGAGUAGGAUGAACAGCUUCGACCGGUUCUACGGCGGCUGGCAGGAGCAGCUCCGCCACCUGGUGGACCAGCUGGCCGCCGCGCCCAAGCCCCCGACCUCCCCCGACCACCACCACCAGCUACACCACCUGGUGAGCAAGUUCAUGGACCACUACGCCGAGUACCACCGGACGAAGGCCCUCGAGGUGGACCGCGACGUCCUCUCGGUGCUCGCCGCCCCGUGGAUCACCGCCCUCGAGCGGUCACUCCAGUGGAUCGGCGGGUGUCGUCCCACCACGGUGUUCCACCUGGUUUACACUGAGUCGAGCAUUCUGUUUGAGUCCCACAUGAUCGACAUCCUCCGCGGGUACAGGACCGGCGACUUGGGGGAUCUGUCUCCGAGCCAGUUCAGGGGAGUGAGCGAGCUGCAAUGCGACACGGUGAGGGAAGAGAACGCGAUAACGGAGGAGCUGUCGGAGUGGCAAGACGGCAUGAGCGACCUGAUGGUGGCGAGCUCGAACCUGGAGGAGAAGAUAGGGAAGCUGGGAGCGAUCGUGAAGAAAGCGGACGACCUGCGGCUGAAGACAGUGAGGCGAGUGGUGGAGCUGCUGACGCCGCAGCAAGCCGUGGAGUUCCUGAUCUCCGCGUCCGAGCUUCAGUUCGGGAUCCGCGGCUGGGGCUUGAAUCUCGGCAAAAGUCCUAAUAACCUAACCCAAAAGGAAAAAGAAAAAUGAAUCAUGGAGUUCGUGGAGCUAGUGAUAGCAUCGUGUAUGGAUGGUCGUCUCUACUUUUUGCAUGGUUUGAUGAAUGCGUGGGAUGUUUGCUUGCUGGUGCUUUGUUUUCGAAGUGGCAGAGGCUGUGGAUUCAGCCACGGAAACUCGUCUGAAUUUUUGUCCUCCGUAUGAAUACUGACAUCGGGGUGGCUCAUUCAGUCGAGUUUAUCUUUCAGUGGGAGUCGUUUCAUCUUGCAACCUAAUCUCUGGUUAAUCUAAAAAAUUUCUUAUUACAGUA